UUCCUUCCGUAGAGAAAUAAAAAUAUAGAAAUCCCUCCGUAAUUGUAAAAUCGUAAGAGAAAAUAAUUACCCGAAAAAAGAAAAGAAAAAAAAGAAGUAAAUGCUCAUAUUUUCUACUACUUAUUUUGGGUAAAUGAAUUAAACAAGUAAAGAGAUAUAUCUAACUGCUGUACUUGUGGUCUGCGGUGCUUUGGAAUCAAACAACAGUAAAAAUAAACACGGCGGCUCUGAAACAGAUCUAGCAAAAGCUAUGGGACGAUUUUCUUUCCUUCUCGCCGCCGUGAAAGGUCUGAGGAAGAAGAAGAAGAAGAAGAAGGUAAGGUCGAAGGCAGACGAUUUCGAAAGAAGAAGAAGAGCCAUGGUCGAGCCCGAUUCGAAACCCAUCAGCUUUGACGAUAUCCCUGAAGAUCUGUUGAUGAAGAUCCUGGCGAAACUGCAGGCGAAACAUGUGACGAGGUUAAUGGGCGUCUCACAGCUCUGGUAUUCCCUCAUCGCCUCCCGUUAUUUUACAAAACUUUUCCUUGAAUCCCCAGCAUCGGCUAAACGACCACGCAUGCUCAUGUCUCUUGUGGACAAGGCAGACAAGCGCCAGUAUAAAUUCCUCACAUCUUCAUCGACUCAUGAUGAUCUCUCGGAUACGUCUGUUUGUGUUCUCGACCAAGUUCUGAACAUGCCGGGAUUGGGAGGCGACUUUGUGAACCCUCUUAGGGGCUUGAUUUGUGUCAGACUUCGGAGAAGUUUGCGAAUCUUUAACCUCACCACCAGGCAGCGCGUGACCUUGCCUGUCAUAAGAUCAAGACUUGUGACUGAAGCUAAUGACAAUAUUUGGAACUCCUUUUUGCACGACUCUGUUCACGAUGAAUACAAAGUUCUUAGCACAGUUUGGGAGGUGAGCGAGGAUGAGGGGAGAGUAGUGAGAUCUGAGCAUCAAGUGUUGGUUCUUGGUCCUGGGGCUUCUUGGCGCAACACUCAAGGCCGCAUUUAUCCCCAUCGUCCUUACUCCAGUGGCAUACCCCUUAACGAUGUUGAUGUUUUGUAUUAUGCAGCUUGGAUUGAUAAGAACGUAUCUGUGGUCAUUAGUUUUGACUCGGCUUCUGAGGAUUUCAAUAUGAUUGAAUUACCCAUUGAGGCUGGCAUCAUCUGGCAUGCUACUUGCGCUAGUCUCAUGAAUUACGGAGGCAAAUUAGCUGUUUUUGAGUGUUCCCGGCUUCCUUCUAAUGGGAGCGUCGACCUGUGGGUUAUGGAGGAUGUGGGGAAGUGGUCAAAGAAGACUCUGGUCUUGCCCCUUUCCCUUAUGAAUUUUGUUCAUGGUGAUGAGUUUAGCAUGGUAGGCAUGAAUCACCGCUGUCUUGUUAUGUUUGUAAAGACAAUGGUCAUACCGACUGAACCGAGACCCUUUAUUCAUUACGAUUUGGAGACUAACAAAAUAAUAAGAAGAUCCGAAAUAAGUCCUCUACCGCGUCUUGGGUUUUUUGGAUUCAGUUUGCAAAUGGCUCUUUGGCAGGAUGACAUUGAAAACAUUAUGUAUUUGGAGACCUAAAUUUGUUCCUUUAUAUUUCACUCGUGUGAUUUACUUGCAUAAGUUUUUUAUAUUUUUGACAUAUUUGGAUUGAUAAAGCUCGAUCCAUAGCCAAUCUCUACUACGCGGGAUAAUGCAAUUUAGUGGAGUUGAACUCCGGUGGGGAAAGUGGAGUCAAAUGGACUUAACCACUUGACUAAAGGCACAUCACCUUCUUGCAUAAGUUCGUACGUUUCAUUUUUGUUGAUUUUCAUAAUUUUAAUUAUGGUUGUUUAGUGGAAAAAGAAGAACAGGAUGAUCAAUGGAAGAAGACGAUGCAGCAAUUCUCCAAUGAUCAAUGGAAGAAGACGAGGAUGGUCUUCUUGAAGAAGAAGAUGACAGAAAUUUCAUUUGUAUUUGUAUUACAUAAACACCAAUAAAUCUCUGUUUUGCAUUUAACA